UAAGUCUCAUGUGCUCGGUGCACGUGUACUGAUCUGACCUCAGUCAGUUGGACUCAAAAAUUGACAUAUUUCGUAAAAGUGAUACACGAUAAAGAGAUAAUAAACAGCGAUAAAGUCUACGAGGAUUUGUGCAAUAAUUAAAAAAAAAACGAUAAAAUGCGUGGUCGAAUGAAAUUCGGUGUACUUCGUUGACUACAUUGAACAAACUGCAAGAUUCGUGUAUUGUACAGUAACGAGACAGUCAAAUACGCUGAGAAAUUCCUCUGAAAACGUUCACAAUCAUAAAACAAUGGAUUGCGCUCUAAAGGGAGUUGUAAAUAAUGUGUUCAAAGAAAAGGAGCCAUGGCAAAUAGUGACGAUCACGACAACCACUGUCUUGGGGGCAGUUUGGGUUUGGAAUUUUGUAUUUCAGGAAGAAAGUGUCUAUGAAAGAGGAAAGCGUCAAGUGUUCAAAUUAGUGAAAAUGAUUCCAUCGGUGAAAAAAAGACUAGAAACGGAAUUGGUUGCUAUGAAUAAAUCGUUGGAAGAAGAUUUAUUGCAAAGACUCAAGAGAGAUUCAUUCGUGACGAAACUUCCGGAAAAAGGUUUGACACCCGAACAGGUGUUGGAUAAAGUGAAGAAAUACACGGAAUUAGGUAGCUACGAUUGGAAAGGUGGAAAAGUUUCAGGAACUGUUUAUACGGACAACGAACAACUUAUGAAUUUGAUAGCCGAUGUUUAUGGGAUCGCUUCUUAUACGAAUCCUCUCCAUCCAGACGUAUUUCCAGGAGUCUGUAAAAUGGAGGCUGAAGUGGUUAGGAUUUGCUGUCGAUUGUUUCACGGCGAUGAUAAUACGUGCGGAACGAUGACGACAGGUGGCACAGAGUCGAUUCUUUUGGCUUGUAAAACAUGGAGAGAUUAUGCGAGAGACGUCAAAGGUGUAAAACACCCUGAAAUGGUAAUUCCGAUCACAGCGCACACGGCCUUCGAUAAAGCAGCAAAAUAUUUGAAAAUUCGUAUUAGAACAAUUCCGGUCAAUCCACACAGUUACACAGUCAGUAUCGAGGCGAUGAAGAAGGCCAUUAAUGGAAACACAAUAAUGCUGGUCGGUUCAACCCCAAAUUUCCCAUACGGUACGAUGGACAAUAUCGAAGCCAUUUCAGCACUUGGAGUAAAAUACGACAUUCCAGUUCACGUGGACGCUUGCCUUGGAGGGUUUUUAAUAUGCUUCAUGCCUGAUGCAGGAUACUCCGUGGCUCCGUUUGAUUUUUCCUUACCUGGAGUCAAAAGUAUUUCAGCUGAUACUCACAAGUAUGGUUAUGCACCAAAAGGAUCUUCCAUAGUUUUGUAUAAGGACAAAAAAUACCGCCAUUAUCAGUACACCAUAACGACCGAUUGGGUUGGUGGUAUUUAUGCCUCGCCCACAGUAAACGGUUCGCGUGCAGGCGGUGUCAUUGCUACUUGCUGGUCAUCCAUGAUGUACUUUGGGUUCAAUGGCUACGUUGAAGCCACCAGAAGUAUUAUCCAAACGACAAGAUAUGUCGAGUCCGAGCUGGGGAAAAUGGACGGGCUUUUUAUAUUCGGGACACCAGCGACGUCGGUAAUAGCACUGGGUUCGAAGAAAUUCCACAUUUAUCGACUUUCCACGGGUCUGAGUAGCAGGGGGUGGAGUCUGAAUCCCCUGCAAUUUCCAUGUGGUAUUCACUUGUGUGUUACUAAAGUUCACACUCAGCCUGGAGUAGCUGAACAAUUUUUGGCUGAUGUUAGAGAAGUUUUGGUCGAAAUCGCCAAAAAUCCGAACGACGAGUUGGAAGGAAUGCUCGCCAUGUACGGAACGAGCCAAGCGAUUCCUGAUCGCAGCAUCGUCGGUGAUUUUGGCAAAAUGUUCCUCGACUCCGUUUACUCUACCCCCGAAAUAUGAAUGAGAAAUUCUUGAAAAGCCAGAAAAUGGGAAAUUGUGCCAAGAAAAUAAACGGACAAUACUGUUAUUCAAUCAAGCAUCGGUUUGAGAUACAAAACAUGUAUUCGAUUCCAGACGAGAUUUUUUCAACUUUGUUUACUUAUACAAUUGUACCUGGGAGACUAUUGUAAUAAAAAUAAAAAAUGCCAUUCCAUUUCUAUACAAAAAAUA